GUCAUAACCAGUAUUAUGGUGUUUGUAUUACGUUUGUGUUGUGCAAUCUUUCGAUAAAACACGUGAUUAUGAUACUUUAAUAAACGAAAUCUCGAGAGAUUAGGUCUUUUUAGCAAGUUGCUGUGAAUUGACGUUUAAGCAAGAAAUAAAUUAUCUUUUUUAACCAUCAGUGUGGUUUUUGAAGUAAAAUAAAAAUGUCUCUGUAUCCAUCAUUGGAAGACAUGAAGGUUGACCAGUUAGCUAGAGCUCAACUGGCUCAAACUCCACAAGUGGCUACUCCUGCAUAUCCAGCUGCGAAUGCAUAUCCAGCCACUAAUGCGUAUCCAGCCACUAAUGCAUAUCCAGCCUCUUCAGGUUAUCCAGCUAGUGCACCUCCAUAUCCUACAAGUCCCACGUCUCAUCCUGUAACUGGUGACAAAUAUUCCAAGCUGUAUCCUGAAUUGGAUGAUUACAUGGGACUCCAGUUAUCUGAGGCAACACAAGAAAUACCAUCAAUGGUUGUUGCUAAUGUUCAUCCCAGUAGUGCUGUGUCUGUUCCUGCUGUGAAACCAACAACAAUGGUUGCUCCACUAAGUGGAAAUUCUCUUGGACUUGCAAGAGCUCAAGUAAGCCAUGGCCUUAGAGAAGUUAUAUUAUGCAAAGAUGGUAAUGGACGUGUUGGACUCCGUGUUCAGCCUAUCAAUAAGGGUGUUUUCAUUGUGUGUGUCCAGAAAAACACUCCUGCAGCUCUGGCAGGUCUGAGAUUUGGUGAUCAAAUUCUGAUGAUUAAUGAUGUAACAGUCGCAGGAUUUUCUAUGGAUGAUGUGCAUAAAAUCAUCAAGAAAGCUGAUCCAAAUAGGAUAACAAUGGUUGUUAGAGAUAGGCCAUUUGAAAGAACAAUUACUGUUCACAAGGAUAGUACAGGCAAUGUUGGUUUUGGAUUUAAAAAUGGCAAGAUUAUUAACAUUGUGAAGGAUUCAUCUGCUGCACGUAAUGGAAUGCUUAUUGAUCACAACUUGCUUGAGGUUAAUGGCCAAAAUGUAGUUGGACUGAAAGACAAAGAAGUUUCAGCACUCAUAAGAGAGAGCCAAUCCCCAGUGACCGUAACUAUCAUGCCUUCUUUUAUAUAUGAUCAUAUGCUGAAACACACUGCUUCAAGUUUUAUCAAGAAAACAAUGGACCACUCUAUUCCAGACAUUUAAAUUAUCAAAAUGACUUCUGAUGUACUUACAUUUAUAUAUUUAAGAACUUUUUUAUAAUUAAAUAUGGUAAUUGCUUUUCCUUUUUAUAAUUUUUAUCUCUGUUUUACUGGCUAAUUUGUAGGAAGCACAGUAUGGAUCAGCAGUUUUACAUUAAUCCUAGUAAUAACAUUUGGAAAAUACAGGAAAAUUAUUUCAUCAUAAAAUUAGUGUGAAAAAGAAGACAUUUUCAAAUUAUUUAACAGUUUUUUCUAGAUGAAUUCAGCUGUAGUACUUAAUAUUGUAUCAUCAAACUUAGACAUUCAUUUUCGAGUUUUAUUUACACUUAUUGUAAUAUUUAUAUAAGCUAAUAAAGUUAUGCUUUUGUAGGUUUUUGUAAACACUGAUUAAACAUUUGAGAAAUAUUUUCUGUGUACCCCUUUAUCAGUAUUCUUAUGUAAAGUCUAUAAUUGGUGCCUUUUUAUUUUUAUUUUUGCUGAAUUAGCCAUGAUUGUGAUCAGUGUGGUUUUUAUUUCGUUUUUGCUGCAGUUGUAAUAUCUAGUUCAUUUUUUUUUUUUAUAUUUACUUGUUGAUAAAUAAAAUAUAUUAAUAUUUUGUGCAGUUU